AGUCCUUCUUCAAGUCCUUCGGCGAGUCCUUCGGCGAGUCCUUCUUCAAGUCCUUCGGCGCGUCCUUCUUCAAGUCCUUCUUCGGCGAAUCCUUCGGCGAGUCCUCUUCGCGCGUCUUCUUCAAGUCCUUCGGCGAGUCCUUCGGCGAGUCCUUCUUCAAGUCCUUCGGCGAAUCCUUCGGCGAGUCCUUCUUCCGCGAGUCCUUCUUCAAGUCCUUCGGCGAGUCCUUCUUCGGCGAGUCCUUCUUCAAGUCCUUCGGCGAGUCCUUCGGCGAGUCCUUCUUCGGCGCGUCCUUCUUCAAGUCCUUCGGCGAGUCCUUCUUCAAGUCCUUCGACGAGUCCUUCUUCAAGUCCUUCGGCGCGUCCUUCUUCAAGUCCUUCGGCGAGUCCUUCUUCAAGUCCUUCGGCGAAUCCUUCUGCGAGUCCUUCUUCAAGUCCUUCGGCGAGUCCUUCUUCAAGUCCUUCGGCGAAUCCUUCUGCGAGUCCUUCUUCAAGUCCUUCGGCGAGUCCUUCUUCAAGUCCUUCGGCGAAUCCUUCUGCGAGUCCUUCUUCGGCGCGUCCUUCUUCAAGUCCUUCGGCGAGUCCUUCUUCAAGUCCUUCGUCUUCUUCGGCGAGUCCUUCUUCAAGUCCUUCGGCGAAUCCUUCUGCGAGUCCUUCUGCGAGUCCUUCUUCGGCGCGUCCUUCUUCAAGUCCUUCGGCGAGUCCUUCGGCGAGUCCUUCUUCAAGUCCUUCGGCGCGUCCUUCUUCAAGUCCUUCGGCGAGUCCUUCGGCGAGUCCUUCUUCAAGUCCUUCGGGGAAUCCUUCUGCGAGUCCUUCUUCGGCGCGUCCUUCUUCAAGUCCUUCGGCGAGUCCUUCUUCGGCGAGUCCUUCUUCAAGUCCUUCGGCGAGUCCUUCGGCGAGUCCUUCAGCGAGUCCUUCUUCAAGUCCUUCGGCGAGUCCUAAGGCGAGUACUUCUUCAAGUCCUUCGGCGAGUCCUUCUUCAAGUCCGUCGGCGAAUCCUUCUGCGAGUCCUUCUUCGGCGCGUCCUUCUUCAAGUCCUUCGGCGAGUCCUUCUUCAAGUCCUUCGGCGAGUCCUUCGGCGAGUCCUUCUUCAAGUCCUUCGGCGAAUUCAAGUCCUUCGACGAGUCCUUCUUCAAGUCCUUCGGCGCGUCCUUCUUCAAGUCCUUCGGCGAGUCCUUCGGCGAGUCCUUCUUCAAGUCCUUCGGCGAAUCCUUCUGCGAGUCCUUCUUCAAGUCCUUCGGCGAGUCCUUCUUCAAGUCCUUCGGCGAAUCCUUCUGCGAGUCCUUCUUCAAGUCCUUCGGCGAGUCCUUCGGCGAGUCCUUCUUCAAGUCCUUCGGCGAAUCCUUCUGCGAGUCCUUCUUCGGCUCCUUCGGCGAGUCCUUCGGCGAGUCCUUCUUCAAGUCCUUCGGCGAAUCCUUCGGCGAGUCCUUCUUCGGCGAGUCCUUCUUCAAGUCCUUCGGCGAGUCCUUCUUCAAGUCCUUCGACGAGUCCUUCUUCAAGUCCUUCGGCGCGUCCUUCUUCAAGUCCUUCGGCGAGUCCUUCGGCGAGUCCUUCUUCAAGUCCUUCGGCGAAUCCUUCUGCGAGUCCUUCUUCAAGUCCUUCGGCGAGUCCUUCUUCAAGUCCUUCGGCGAAUCCUUCUGCGAGUCCUUCUUCAAGUCCUUCGGCGAGUCCUUCGGCGAGUCCUUCUUCAAGUAGUCCUUCGGCGAGUCCUUCGGCGAGUCCUUCUUCAAGUCCUUCGGCGCGUCCUUCUUCAAGUCCUUCGGCGAAUCCUUCGGCGAGUCCUUCUUCGGCGCGUCCUUCUUCAAGUCCUUCGGCGAGUCCUUCGGCGAGUCCUUCGGCGAGUCCUUCUUCAAGUCCUUCGGCGAAUCCUUCGGCGAGUCCUUCUUCGGCGAGUCCUUCUUCAAGUCCUUCGGCGAGUCCUUCUUCAAGUCCUUCGACGAGUCCUUCUUCAAGUCCUUCGGCGCGUCCUUCUUCAAGUCCUUCGGCGAGUCCUUCGGCGAGUCCUUCUUCAAGUCCUUCGGCGAAUCCUUCUGCGAGUCCUUCUUCAAGUCCUUCGGCGAGUCCAUCUUCAAGUCCUUCGGCGAAUCCUUCUGCGAGUCCUUCUUCAAGUCCUUCGGCGAGUCCUUCGGCGAGUCCUUCUUCAAGUCCUUCGGCGAAUGCGAGUCCUUCGGCGAGUCCUUCUUCAAGUCCUUCGGCGAGUCCUUCGGCGAGUCCUUCUUCAAGUCCUUCGGCGCGUCCUUCUUCAAGUCCUUCGGCGAGUCCUUCGGCGAGUCCUUCUUCAAGUCCUUCGGCGAAUCCUUCGGCGAGUCCUUCUUCGGCGAGUCCUUCUUCAAGUCCUUCGGCGAGUCCUUCUUCGGCGAGUCCUUCUUCAAGUCCUUCGGCGAGUCCUUCUUCAAGUCCUUCGGCGAAUCCUUCUGCGAGUCCUUCUUCGGCGCGUCCUUCUUCAAGUCCUUCGGCGAGUCCUUCUUCAAGUCCUUCGACGAGUCCUUCUUCAAGUCCUUCGGCGCGUCCUUCUUCAAGUCCUUCGGCGAGUCCUUCUUCAAGUCCUUCGGCGAAUCCUUCUGCGAGUCCUUCUUCAAGUCCUUCGGCGAGUCCUUCUUCAAGUCCUUCGGCGAAUCCUUCUGCGAGUCCUUCUUCAAGUCCGAGUCCUUCUUCAAGUCCUUCGGCGAGUCCUUCGGCGAGUCCUUCUUCAAGUCCUUCGGCGCGUCCUUCUUCAAGUCCUUCGGCGAGUCCUUCGGCGAGUCCUUCUUCAAGUCCUUCGGCGAAUCCUUCGGCGAGUCCUUCUUCGGCGAGUCCUUCUUCAAGUCCUUCGGCGAGUCCUUCUUCGGCGAGUCCUUCUUCAAGUCCUUCGGCGAGUCCUUCUUCAAGUCCUUCGGCGAAUCCUUCUGCGAGUCCUUCUUCGGCGCGUCCUUCUUCAAGUCCUUCGGCGAGUCCUUCUUCAAGUCCUUCGACGAGUCCUUCUUCAAGUCCUUCGGCGCGUCCUUCUUCAAGUCCUUCGGCGAGUCCUUCUUCAAGUCCUUCGGCGAAUCCUUCUGCGAGUCCUUCUUCAAGUCCUUCGGCGAGUCCUUCUUCAAGUCCUUCGGCGAAUCCUUCUGCGAGUCCUUCUUCAAGUCCUUCGGCGAGUCCUUCUUCAAGUCCUUCGGCGAAUCCUUCUGCGAGUCCUUCUUCGGCGCGUCCUUCUUCAAGUCCUUCGGCGAGUCCUUCUUCAAGUCCUUCGGCGAAUCCUUCGGCGAGUCCUUCUUCGGCGCGUCCUUCUUCAAGUCCUUCGGCGAGUCCUUCGGCGAGUCCUUCGGCGAGUCCUUCUUCAAGUCCUUCGGCGAAUCCUUCGGCGAGUCCUUCUUCGGCGAGUCCUUCUUCAAGUCCUUCGGCGAGUCCUUCUUCGGCGAGUCCUUCUUCAAGUCCUUCGGCGAGUCCUUCGGCGAGUCCUUCUUCAAGUCCUUCGGCGAAUCCUUCUGCGAGUCCUUCUUCGGCGCGUCCUUCUUCAAGUCCUUCGGCGAGUCCUUCUUCAAGUCCUUCGACGAGUCCUUCUUCAAGUCCUUCGGCGCGUCCUUCUUCAAGUCCUUCGGCGAGUCCUUCGGCGAGUCCUUCUUCAAGUCCUUCGGCGAAUCCUUCUGCGAGUCCUUCUUCAAGUCCUUCGGCGAGUCCUUCUUCAAGUCCUUCGGCGAAUCCUUCUGCGAGUCCUUCUUCAAGUCCUUCGGCGAGU